UUGACGCCAAACAGACCCAUCAACCAAAGCACCAAACGCCAAGUUGAAACCUCUAAAGUGGAUGACGCCAUGUCGCAGAUCUUCUUCUGUACGAUCUACGAUGGCAACGCAACUUUCGUUUACAAGUGCAAAGCUGAAACGGAGUUGUGUUGCGGACGGGGAUGCUGCCCCAUGAUUUCGUCGGCCAACAGCAUUUGGUCGCAGUGGUACUUUUGGUUCGGUAUCGCCAUAUUCGCUAUACUAGUGGUUGGUAUUUUCUUGACCCUGACGUCCAAUAGUUGUCGACCCCAACCGAUUUACACGGAAAAUGUCGGCCAUCAAGCGACUGCCUCUCGUUACGGCAUCCGCCAUAUUCUAGGAGUCCAGCAAUCUCGUGUGACCAAUGUUGCGCCCACCGGAGUGGUCUGCGGCCCAACGGGUCUCAUUCAACCAGCAGCCAUCCAGUCGAAAUUCAGCUUACUAAACAGCGCUAAUAACAGGGAAAGCGUUGGAUUGGCUCCGCUUAGACCGCCGUAUCCGCUUCAGUUGAACGCUGGACGGUUCGAUCACUCGAUGGUUACCGACGACAUAGUUUAAACUGUCUUUGUGUAUGCAAUUUACUAUUUAUAAAAAUUUCUUUUAAAAACACAAAUCAAAAUGUAUACCCGCAAAAUGUGUUUCAAUUAGUGUCAAUGUGGUUUGUUUUAAAAAUAAGAA